AUGAACGGGAUUAUCCCUGCUGUCUCGAGCGAGGAGCCUUUGAGUAGCGAGAAGUCUGGGUCGGACUCUUUUGGCGCAAACGAUGUGCCGCUGAAGCAUGAAGAUGUUAUAAGUGCUGACAUCCACCAAUUCUUGCCGACCGAAGUAUCGUCCAUGGAAUCUGAUAACGGCGACGACAACGACGAACUACUUGAUGAGAUAAACGAGAAUGAAGUCGAUCCCAGGCUCGUUGCGGAGGCACCACCAGAGCGGGAAAGUCCAGUGAUUGGGGGGACGGGCACUGCAGUGGCAGCGACAGCGGCAACGACAGCUACAACGUCAGACUCGACAGAUAUAAAGGUCUCAGGGGAAUCAUCUUCCACAUCUGCCCCCGCCAAGAAAACGGAAUCCAGCACCACCACCGUCGAGUUCCGUGAUCGCCCUUCUUCAUGUGUAUUCGUUGCAAGUUUGGCUGCUUCACUUUCUGACGACGAAUUAUGCAUUUCUGUCACUGAAAAUUUCAAAAAAUAUGGUAAGCUAGCAAGAGUAAAAGUCUUGCGUGACCGGGCAAACAGGCCAUACGCCUUUGUUCAAUAUACCAAUGACAAAGAUGCUAAACGUGCUUUAAGAAUUGCUAAAGGAACUAUUCUCAAUGGUAGAACAUUACGUUGUGAAUCUGCAAGAGUGAAUCGUACUUUAUAUAUAACACACAAUUCAAUUAUUGAAUUUCGUGAAGUUGUUGCUUUAUGUGCAAAAUUUGGGGAAUUAGAAAAAUUGGUACCGGAUAGAAGCCAAAUUCAAAAUCCAAUUCAAGGUCAAAAUGAUAUUCAAGUUAACGUUAAAAGAUCAACCAAUAAUUCUUCACAUGCUGCGUUUUCAUGGUUUGUUCAACUUGCAUUUAGAGAUGAUGCAAUCAGAGCAUUUGCGAAUUUAAGAUCAUUGUCCAAUUGGAAUGUUGAAUGGGUUCAAAAUAUUGAAGUACCAAAAUACCUGAACUUACUCUCGGUAAAUAAGUUUAAAUCAUUUGAAAAUAACAACGAAAAGACGAAUGAAGACGAAGAUGAUGACGAUGCCGAUGACGAUGACGAUGACGAUGACGAUGACGAUGACGAUCAUGAUGACGAUCAUGAUCAUGAUCAUGAUGAUGGUGAUGACGAUGGCGGCGAAGAUGAUGACCAUUUCGAUCAUCAAUUCAAUCACCACCAAUGCGACCACCAAUUUGAGGACCAAUUCGAUAAGUCUUACAACAGUUUUGAUUCCGCCAUUGUAAACUCUCAUUCCAUUCAUUCAUAUACGAACAGUAUUGGGAAUAAAAAUGAUAAUAUCGAUAAAAAAUCUAUUUUUGUUGGUCAAUUGGAUUCUUCCCUAACAAAAUCACAAUUAUUCGACAGAUUCUCCACGCAUGGCAAAAUUGUUGAUAUCAAUUUAAUCUCUAAAUCAACAAAAGUUUUUGCCUUUAUACAAUUCGAAACUGAAUCAGCUGCAGCAUCUGCAUUAGAAAAGGAAAAUCAUGCAAUUUUUUUAAAUAAAACCAUGCAUGUUCAAUAUAGGGUCAUUGGUGAUAAUUAUGGCAAAAGGUUAACAAGAAAAAAUAAUAGGCAUGAAUAUAAUGGAAGAUCAAAAUCUUUUUCACUUCCUCAAGUUAAUUUAGCACCUCCACCUAUCAAUAUGUGUAGAAGAAGAUCUUUAGAAACUAAUCCUAUGGUACCCUUUAUUCCUAGUUCGCACCAUUUUCAUCCAGAGUUUGAAAUUUCUGGCUACUUACCACAUUUAAGACAUCAAUCAUUAUCGAAUCCUUCUGGUGGUAGCAAUCGCUCUCAUGGCAGAUCUUACAGUUUAAAAAGUGAAACUGAGACCUCAAUAUAUGGUGAUGGUAAUACUGAUGCGAUAUCAGAAGUGUCACAUUCUACAGGUUUAACAAAUUCUGCAAAUACUUUUGAAAGUUUAUCUGCUGGCAGCGUAAAUCAAAACAGUAAUGCUAUUACAGUUAAACCAAUAAUGAAUAACGAUAACAUUCAUUUUGAUCAUAAAAAUCCGUAUAAUAAUAAUUAUACUCAUAUUCCUAAAAAUAACAGUUACAGUUUCAAUUACAAUUAUAACAAUUUUGGCAAAAAAAAAUUUUAUAAACGCCAAAGUUACAAAGAGCCUCCCAGCCCAUUAUAUUUCCAGCCAUAUUAUUAUCAUCCUAUGCACUAUCCUAUGGGACCUAUGGUUCCAGGAUCUCCAAUUCAGCAACCAAAUAGCCCACAUCCAUAUAUGAUGAUGUAUCCAAUGCCACCACCUCCAAGCUCCAAUGUGGAUUCUCCAAUGAUACCCCCAUCACCUGCUACCCAGUCUUCUGCGGAGAUUCCAAAAUCGAAUAAUAAUUCCAUGUCAGCAAGACCACAUUUCAAUCCGUCUGUAUCGAAUAAGUUUGUUCCGGAUUCAAAACAAUUUCAUUUGAAUUAUUGA